AUGAACAACGUACUAAGCUGGCAAGGACGUUCAAAGGCGGCACUUGGAAUCUUGUUGUUCUUCUUCUUGUUAAAAUACAUUGCACCUCUACUCGUACAGCAUGACUUCAUAUUCGUCACAUCUCUGCUCGCUUCGUCAGUUGCUGCGUUUGGUCUGAGUCUUCUUUUAGUGCUUGAGCAACAACGAUCCCCAAAGCCGUCGGAUCCUGCUGUUAUAUAUCUUUCUGUAUCUCUAAUUUGUGAUACGAUUCUACUUACCAUGCCGUCAGGAUUUCAAGCCUCGCACCCAGUCUUUGCUCGAGGGCUUAUACAUUGUAUACUUUUACUACUUGAAUGUUGCAAGAAAAACUAUUUAUUUGGCAUGUCUAGCAAUUCUCAAUCACCCGAAGAAUUGCACAGCAUGUUUGGUAGGCUAUUAUAUACGUGGAUAAAUCCCAUCCUGCUUCAAGGCUACAAGAGGCUCCUCGUCGAUCAAGAUUUGCCAGCUUUGAGUCGAGACAUGAAGCCCGAAUUCACAAGAAAUGCAAUGAUUCAAACAUGGUCUCGGCGAGCCAAACCCGAGACGAAGAAAUCGUUGCCUGUUGCCUUGUUCAGAUGUGUGCGAAGAGCGUUCUUAGCUGCCGUCAUACCCCGAAUCUUUUCGAUCUUCUUUCGCUAUUCUCAACCUAUCCUGAUCAAAGAAUCCAUUCGUUAUGUUGUUGCAGACUCUUCGGGGCCAGAAAACCAUCGUGGUUAUUGGCUGAUUGUGUCCGCCAUAGGUAUUUAUGUCGGUCUUGCUUUAUCAACCGCGAUAUACCAAAAUUGUAUCAACAGAUUGAAGCUUGUCACCAAGAGUGCCCUGGUUGGAAUUAUUUAUACGAAAAUUAUGGAGUCGCCCAGUAUCGCUUAUGACAAUGGGGAAGCGAUUACAUUAAUGAGCACGGAUGCUGAUAGCCUAGAUGGAAUUGGAGAAAUAGUACAUGAAACAUGGGCUCAAGUUAUUGAAGUUCUUGUAGGGAUUCGACUCCUGGCUCUUGAAGUCGGUUGGAUCUGGCCUCUUCCGCUAUUUCUCAUUUACUUAUGUUCACACAUGAGUCGAUUUGUGGCCCAGCAUUUACAGCCUCGCCAAAAGGCAUGGAAUAGCGCAACACAGAGUCGCAUAGCAGCCACUAGCGCUUUCAUAAGUGCCAUGAAAGUCGUCAAGAUGCUUGGUUUGCAAGAGAGCCUUACCCACCGGGUACAGUAUCUUCGAAGAGAGGAGAUUUGGGUAGCUUCGAAGCUCCGCUGGGUUAUGGUAUACUAUAAUGCAUCUGCGAAUGCGCUCGGAAUAUUUUCUCCAGCUGUCACGUUAGCUAUAUUUGCUAUGAUAUCACAGGCUCAUGGUGUCGAUCUCGAUACAGAGACUGCGUUCACAACCGUAGCAAUUCUAAGUAUGGUGACCAACCCAGCAAACAUGGUCAUGACAAUUGUGCCCCGCGCAGUAGGAGCUUUUGCGGGAUUUGAGAGAAUCCAAUCUUUUCUGAUUCGCCCAUCUCUACAAGAUAAUCGUGGCUCAUUACCCAAGUCCACUACAAGCAAGCUGGCUUGGGAUCCGUCAUCUGGGAAUCGUUCAAUACCCGGACCUGCCCUUCAAAUCCGGCAAUUGAGAAUUGGUCAUAAGGAAGGAAUUUUGAACAACAUCAACCUUGAAGUACCUUCCAACUCGCUCACUAUAAUAUCGGGCCCAACGGGUAGCGGUAAAUCGACUUUAUUGCGCGCUUUAAUUGGGGAAGUGGUUCAUGUUAGUGGGUCCGUUGCUCUUACAACAAGACAGAUAGCGUACUGUGCCCAGAAACCGUGGCUACCUAGCGGCACCAUCAAAGGAGCUAUUUUUGGUGCUUCAGACAUCGACGAUGCCGUCACUCAUGAUCUUGAAGCCUGGUACAGGACCGUGAUAAAAGUAUGUUGCCUCACUCAUGAUUUCGACUCAUUAGCCGAUGGGGAUCAAACACAGAUUGGGAGUAGGGGUCUCAAUUUAUCUGGAGGCCAACGACAGCGUGUGACACUCGCGCGUGCGUUGUUUGCGAGAUGUAAAAUUCUUCUACUAGAUGACACCUUCAGCGGGUUGGAUGGUGACACGGAGCGAACUGUAUUCGAUAACUUGUUCGGACCGGCUGGUCUUGUGCGGCAGUUGAAGACCACUACUAUUCUCGUUUCAAAUUCGUCUCAAUACUUUCAAUUUGCAGAUCACGUGGUCGUUUUAGGGAAUCAUGGGAUAAUAGAUCAGGGGAACUGGCACAGUAUAAAAGUCAAGGCUGAAUCUAUAGCCAAAUUCGCGUCGAAAAAUUACCUCAAAGAUAACGCUACAACUUCGGCAACAUUUGAAAAGCUGGUUCGAGCCAAAGAUGAGGCUGAAAUAGAUCUUGCAAGACAGAGCGGAGACUCCGCUUUGUAUGGUUAUUACUUGAAAUUUGUCGGCUCGAAGAACUUUCUUCUCCUUUUCAUUUGCACAGCGUCAUACUCCUUCUUCAUCACCAUACCCCAGUACUGGCUACAGUUGUGGACCGAAUCGAGUGGUAGCAAUACUGGCUUUUAUAUCAGUGGAUUCCUAUUUCUAUCAUUCAUGUCGUGGAUCUCUACAAGUACUCAGAUGUGGAUUGUGGUUAUACGCUUAGCUCCCCAAUCUGGGUCGCGCUUACAUGAACGGCUUCUAAAUGUAAUAACGAAAGCACCUUUGUCCUAUUUCUCUCAAACUAGCGAUGGGUCGACCUUGAAUAGUCAGGACAUUCAGCUGAUUGAUAAGCAAUUACCAUCAGCACUGCAGACUAUUGUAACCCAGAUCUGUAAGCUCUCUAUGCAAAUCAUAGUUCUAUUCACAGCCCAGAAAUGGCUUGCGGUGUGCGUUCCAGCAUGUAUGAUUGUAGUUUAUAUUGUUCAGAAGGUCUAUCUACGAACUUCUAGACAGCUUCGUUUUUUAGAGCUAGAAGCUCGUGCCGGAGUCUUCUCAAGUUAUUUAGAAACGAUCGAGGGCCUCGAAACAAUCCGCGCAUUUGGCUGGUCAAAUGCGGUUAAAGAGGAUAAUAUCACGAGUGUGGACAACGCCCAACGACCAGAAUAUCUCCUCUUAUGUCUUCAAAGAUGGCUUAAUAUCGUCCUAGAUUUCUUAGCGGCGGCCAUUGCGACUGGGGUUGUUAUCAUAGCAAUAGUAUAUCGUGAUCGUGUGAGUGGUACCCAAGUUGGAAUCGCACUUAAUAUUAUGCUCGUAGCCAACACCACGCUGCUGAAACUCGUUGAGAACUGGACAACGCUCGAGAUCUCUCUCGGAGCAAUCGCUCGCCUGAAGACACUUGAAAAGACAACACCCCUUGAGGGUGGCGAGGGCUCGUUCCUGGAUCCCGCGGAAUCUUGGCCUUCUAAGGGGAAAAUUGAAUUUAAGGAUAUCACCGCGUCCUAUGUAUCAGACUCAAUCGCUCUUCGGAACCUAAGUUUGACUAUCUCAUCCGGUCAAAAGAUCAUUGUCUGCGGCCGUACAGGCAGUGGGAAAAGUACCCUCCUCCUAACUCUUCUACGGCUGCUCGACUUGCAACACGGUCAUAUUAUAAUAGACGGUAUCGACAUCAAGGAGGUCAGGCUCGAUGUUUUACGACAACGAUGCUUUAUCACAGUUUCCCAAGAUCCACUGCUUUUGGCCAACGAGACUUUAAGAUUUAACUUGGACCCAGACACCAUACUUUCCAAUGAGAGCUUAAUUGCCAUACUGCAAAGAACAAACCUCUGGUCACACUUGCUUCGGGGUACAGCUGAAGUGGAGGAAUGGUCAAAUACAGAGUCAGGGUUCGCUAUUGAAAGCCAACAUAAUAUUUUAGACGAGAAGCUUUCCAUGUUUUCAGAGCUGUCUGUAGGACAAGGGCAACUAUUUGCACUUUGCAGAGCACUCGUUAAAGCCCAGACGGCUCAGAGCUUUAGCCGAAAGCCAGUCGUACUGUUAGAUGAAGUUACUUCUUCCCUAGAUCCUACCACAGAAUCGAUUAUACAUGGCAUUAUCGACGAUGAAUUCACUCAAAAGGGCCAUACUGUCAUAUGCGUUGCUCAUCGGAUUGAGGUGUUGGCAAAGCAUACAAAACCCGGACGAGAUGCUGUAGUGCUGCUAGGCGAUGGCCGGUUGCAGGAAGUCAUCACAGAUCUCAGUCAAACGACGUUGGAAAAUCUUGGUAGAUUAGAUUGA